AUGGUUAACUGGAAGCUUAUUGGUGCUUUGGCUUUACCAAAUGUUGGUGGGUGGUUAAGUGCCCUUACAAUGGCUGGUCAAGUUCGCAGCCCUACAGGCAAAGCAUGGUAUGACAAUUUGAAGAAACCUUCUUGGAAUCCACCAAAAUGGGUGUUUGGUCCAGCAUGGACAGUUUUAUACACAGGCAUGGGAUAUGGUUCAUAUUUGGUUUAUGAAGACUGUGGAGGAUUUACAGAUGAUGCUUUAGUACCACUCAGCCUGUUUGGUGCACAGUUAUUAUUUAAUUGGACAUGGUCGCCAGUGUUCUUCAAAUAUCAUAAAAUUGGACUGGCUUUCUUCCACAUGAUAGCUCUAGACGUAGCUGCAGGUGCUUGUACAAUCAGCUUCUUCAAUGUUAACAAAAAAACAUUGUACUUUAUGGCACCAUAUCUUUGCUGGCUCGCCUUUGCAUCAUGCCUUAACUACACAAUAUGGAAAUUGAAUGAGAAUGUUCCUAAAAUCCCCAAUAAAGAUAACUAG